CAGAGCCUGAGGAAGCGGUAGUUGAGGAACCAGAGCCUCGAGGUAAGCGGGUAGUUUGAGGAACUAGAACCUGAGGAAGAGGUAGUUGAGGUACCAAAUACAGAGGAUGAGGUAGUUGAAGAACUAGAAUAUGAGGAAGAGGUAAUUAAGGAAACAGAACCUGGGGAAGAAAUUGUUGAGGUCUUGGAACCUGAAGAAGAGGAAGUUGAAGAACCAAUGCCUGAGGAAGAGGAAGUUCAAGAACCGGAGCCUGAGGAAGAGGUAGUUGAAGAUCCAGGACCUGAGGAAGAGGUAGUUGGGGUCUCGGAACCUGAGGAAGUUGAAGUUGAGGAAACACAGCUUGAGGAAAAUAUUAGUGAGCCACCAGCUGAAGAAAUUAAAAUCAUCCAACCUGUGGAUUCUUUAGAGGACACUCUAUUUGGAGAGGAAACCUGGAAACCUGAUCCUGUUGAAAAGGACAAUAUUGUCCCAAUAGAAGACCAGUCAGCUGAGGAGGACAUGGAGAAACCGUUGCUUGAAUACCACGGGUAUGAGGACAGCUAUCCUGAAGAAGCUGUUGAUACUGUGGAAGAAACAGAUGACACAGCAGAGGUCAGUGAAGUGGAAGUUGCUCCAUUGCCAGAGGAGAGUGAAGAGAAGAUAGCAGUGAUAGCAGAACACAUCCCUGACUCUACGUCAACACCACCUGCAGAAUCUGACACUGUGCCUGUGGUAGAUGUAACAGAGUCACCUUCAGAGUUAGAGCUUAUGGUGGAUACUGAGGAGCCUGAGGUGGUUGUUAUCGAUGAAGAGGCUGAAGAGGAGGUCGUAGAGGUCUCAGAACCUGAGGACGAGCGUGUGCAAGAUCUUGCAGACGAACUUGACCAAAUGGACCUGGUGAGCACAGAGCCCAUUAACCUUCCAGAGGCCAGUGGAUACUCAUUGGCUCCUGAGGAGCACCCCGUCGAAACCACAGCUUCUCCACCACUGAGAUACCUGACCACUCCCUCCAUGACCACGGCGAGUAAAGGCAGGGAGCUGGUGGUGUUCUUCAGUCUACGGGUUACUAACAUGAGGUUCUCAGAUGACCUCUUCAACAAGAGCUCUUCAGAAUACAGAUCCCUGGAGAACACCUUUUUGGAACUGCUGCUGCCUUACCUGCAGUCCAAUCUAACAGGAUUCAAGAAGCUAGAGAUUCUUAACUUCAGGAAUGGCAGCAUUGUGGUCAACAGCAAGAUGAAGUUCACCAAGUCAGUGCCAUACAACGUGACCCAGGCCGUCCACUGUGUCCUGGAAGACUUCUGCAACGCUGCAGCCAUGAGACUCAACAUUGAGAUUGACAGUCACUCUCUGGACAUAGAGCCUGCUGAUCAAGCAGAUCCCUGUAAGUUCUUGGCGUGCAACGACUUCUCUCACUGUGUGGUGAAUCGAUGGUCCAGGGAGGCUGAAUGUCUCUGUAACCCGGGGUACAUGGCUAUGGACGGCCUGCCCUGUCAGAGUAUCUGUGUCCUGCAGCCUGACUACUGCCAGAACGGGGGCCAUUGUGAGAUAGUACCAGGGCAUGGAGCCACUUGCAGAUACCCAGAAAAGUAUACAUCUUCCAGGCCUGACGAAUUAAGUACACCGAGUGUUGAAUGACAACACUACGUAUUGAGACUUGGCAACUGCAGAAGAGACACGGGAAUGUUAAUAAACGACAGCUAAUCGCAGAUGCAGAUCACGGACUAUGUUGUGAUUGCAGAAAGACAUUGACCUGUUGGCUACUGAUGGACAGACAGGCACUCAGCCAGACAACCCCUUCAUUUGACCUUUCCAAAGCCUGUGUUUUACCAGAAAGGAUACUCCCAUUUUCUGUCAAACAGACAUUCAGGCGAACUCUGUGGACAGCCGUACUCGAUCAUUGUCAUUUGUUCACUGAUGACUCGGGAACGACAGAUGAAUGUCAAACGGAUGUGGUCAUUUUGCUAUGGCAUACCAGGACAGCUAACUGCUUUUAUACAUAUGUGCUGACAUUUAUUUUAGUAGUGAAAGUGUUAAUGUAAAAUGCCAGAUGAAAAGUUACAAGAAAUGUUUUCCUCAUAAUGAGGUACUUAUGCUGCAGCGUUGUAUAGGGAAUAACACAUACUGUACACCUGUGUGGGUGAUGUAUCAUUAACAUCUGUCUCUAAUAAUGUAAUGGUGUUUCCUCGGUGUUGUAAAACUACUGUUCUGUACACGUCGGGGAAAUGAAUUGCUCACC